AUGCUGAAAGAGGAAGAGAGCGACGAGAGUGGUACUUGGGCACGACCCUGUGACACAUGUCGAUCAGCUGCCUCCACUGUCUACUGUGAAGCUGACUCGGCCUACCUGUGCACGACCUGCGAUGCCCGAGUCCACUCAGCCAAUCCCGUUGCUUCCCGCCACGAACGUGUCCGUGUGUGCCAGUCAUGUGAGUCUGCCCCGGCUGCGUUUCUCUGUAAAGCAGACGCUGCGUCUCUCUGCACGGCCUGCGAUGCUCACAUUCAUUCCGCAAACCCACUUGCUAGACGUCAUCAACGUGUUCCUAUCCUGCCAUUAUCUGCAAACUCUUGCACUGGUGGAGAUAACAGAGUAAUGGAGGUGGGGGAAGAAGAAGAGGAUGAGGAUGAUCGAGAGGUGGCCUCGUGGCUGCUGCCUAAUCCAGGGAAAAGCAGUAACAAUGGGUUCUUGUUUGGUGUUGAGUAUCUUGAUCUUGUGGAUUACAGCAUGGACAACCAAUUCGAAGACCAGUACAGUCAAUACCAGAGGAGCUUCGGAGGAGAUGGAGUUGUGCCACUUCAAGUUGAAGAAUCAACGACAGGUCACUUGCAAGUUGACAUAACAGUCCCAAGAACGCUUAAAGAGACGAGGACAGAGCAAGAAUCUACUCAUCAGAUAGUGCAGCAGCUUACUCCAAAGGAGAGGGAAGCUAGGGUGAUGAGGUACAGAGAGAAGAAGAAGACGAGGAAAUUCGACAAGACGAUAAGGUAUGCUUCAAGAAAGGCAUAUGCAGAGAUCAGACCACGGAUCAAGGGCCGGUUCGCAAAGAGGAAAGAAACUGAAGCUGAUGAUGCACAACAACUCUCCGAUACCGGUUAUGGAAUUGUUCCUUCCUUCUCAAACAUGGGUCACUAG